UCAUGCAGCCCCAGACCAUGACACUCCCACCCACCAUGCUUGACUGAUAUGGUUCCAGUAAUCCAUGUCCUUAGUCUGCUUGUCUUCAUCAAACUGUUUGCAGGUUUUCUUGUGCAUCAUCUUUAGAAGAGGCUUCCUUCUGGGCCAACACCAUGCAGACCAAUUUGAUGCAGUGUGUGGUGUAUGGUCUGAGCACUGACAGGCUGACCCUCCCCCACCCCACCAAACUCUGCAGCAAUACUGGCAGCACUCAUACGUCUAUUUCCCAAAGACAACCUCUGGAUAUGAUGCGGAGCACGUGCACUCAACUCCUUUGGUCAAACCAUGGUAAGGCCUGUUCUGAGUGGGAACCUGUCCUGGUUAAACCGCUGUAUGGUCUCAGUACCAUGCUGCAGCUCAGUUUCAGGGUCCUGGCAAUCUUUUUUAUAGCCUAGGCCAUGUUUAUGUAGAGCAACAAUUUUUUUUUUUUUUUUUUUCUUCAGAUCCUCAGAGCUCUUUGCCAUGACGUGCCAU